UCAUUUCGUGGCAAUCGUGAAUGAAUGGUAGAUCUACGUCUUUUGUUGCUGAGCUCUCGUUCUUGUUGAUUCCUACAUACAUGGCCAUUCGAUACGCGAGUUCGCUACUUCUAAACCAAGAUGACAGAAUCUCUGCGGCCCGAUCAAGUACUAGCGGCUAGUGGGUCGUUUGCGCCCAAGUUCUCACAAAUCUUGAGGACAUUGGAGGAAAGUUGCCGUGCUAUCAGCUCAGACCCAGCCCUUCAAGUGCUACGCCGCAGUCCAGCUAGUCACCAUCGGGUCCCUGACAGGGUACUGGAGAUCAUAGCACAACACCUGAACAAUACCAGCACAUCCACCACCACCACCACCGGGACCACUGUAAGUGCGGGCUGGAAUGGCUCCACCACUAGCGCGCAGCCAAUAGCACAGCAUCACUGUACCAGACCCUUGGCCGCGCACGGGGGCGCCGCUCCUGGAUUCCUGACUACAAAUCUGGCCACUCCGAACGCCAGAGCAAAGCAAUCGUCGGCCUUUGCCGGUAUCAGCACAGGUGCUGCUGCAUCGACUGCGGCGUACACCGCUCAGGUCAGUGCGACUGCUGUUGGCCUUGUUCCGCCACCGCUCACGGAUUUGGAGAAGGCAGAAUCGAGCCUGGGACUGUCGGACGACGGCGACGGCGAUGAUUUCAUGUCACUGUCCCAGCUCCAAACGCAGCCACUGCCGCUGCUGGUGGAUUUCGAUGACAGUGUCAGUAUUGCGUCGCUGACAGAGGAGAAGUCUUUGCUGCAGCAAGAGCUGGCCAAAGCUAGUCAGCUGCUGUCCAAGAUGACACGGGAACGACAGAGCCUGGGCGAGAAGUAUGUCGCAGUCAGUGAAGAGAUCGAGAAGUCCAUGGUGGCUCAAGAUCGCGAGAGGGCAAUGUCAGAACAGCUGAAAUCUGUGCAGACUCAGCUGCUCACUGUCAGCUCAGAACUGCAGAAACGCGACGAGACAUACCAGCGCCAAGUGGAGGCCUAUCGCUCAACCCAAGUCAAGCACGCAAAACUGGUUAACCUGUUGAAGGAGAAGUGUUUGACCUACAAGUCCCGUUCAACUCAGCUUCACUCUCUUGUAAAGGAGCGGACUGCAGAUCGAGAGCAGCUUCAGAAACGGCUGGAAACUUCACAGUACCAACUGGAAGCAUUCAGUGAACAGUCCACAGAGUUGACUAUCGCAUUGAAAACUCUACAGGACCAGGAAGUGCGCAAUAGGCAGGUGGAGGAGAAAUGCCGCCGACUGGAGCAAGACGUUGAAACACGGUCGCACGAAAGUGUCAAAGCCUCGGCGUCACACGGUACAUUGCUGGAGGAGAAUUGUCGGUUACAGCAGCAGGUUCAACGGCUGCAGGCCUGUGAAUUUGAGAACGAUCAACUGAAGUCUUGUGUGAGGAAGCUGUCGGCGGCAGUGCAGGCCACACAGAAUGACCUACACCAGAUGAAAGCCUCUGUAUGCAGAGAUCUUUCCCAAGCCGGAGACAUGAUCACAUCGCAACUGAACAGCCUAAAGUCGACCACGUCCACGUCACAGAAGCUUGCUGCUCUCCACUUGAAUGCAGUCGCUGGUCGAAGAGACCAGCUCGCCAAAGAAAACAGAAACCUUGAAGCCAGGAUAAGCGAGCAGGCGUCACACAACACAGCGCUCUCGGCCAGGCUUCAUGACGCUGAGCAGCUCAACACAGAACUAUCAUUGGAGCUACAGGAAACGCAUGAAGUUGUCCAGCGGCUGCAAGAGCAUCUGCCCAGCACUGCUGCGCGUUCCCAGCGCCAAGCGUCUCCGACAGGGCGAACUGGUGGUCGUCAUCGGCUUGCAGACGGAAGCACCGUGUUCCAAGCAAUCCUGGAUGUACUGGCUUCGGUGAAUGUAGAACUCCAGACGUCUGCCGCCGUGCGCCAGGCGCUGAAGACAAGCAACGACCGCUGUCAGUCGCUUGAGGGCUCGAUGAAACAGACGGCCGCUGAGUCGUCGACCGUGGAGGCAAGGCUUCGACUUGAGCAGGAGAAGCACACAGUGGAAGUAUCCAGACUUGAUAGAGAACUGCUGGAAAUGCGCGAUCAAAAUACCCAGCUAAAAGACGGUAACCAACAGCAAACUCAGGGGUUGCUUCAGAUCCAGCGCCAACUGAAGUGCAGAACAGAUGACCUGAAAGAAAAGGAGAGGGAGUUGGACGAAGCUGCGCAUGCCAUUGGCGACCUGAAAUCCAAGCUAUCCUCUGUUGGGUCACAGCUUCAUGAACUGGAUGCGACCAACAAGAAACUGGUGGCAGAUAUGGAGACUGUACGUGGUGAUGCAGGUGCGCUGAGGUCUGUCCUGGACCAGAAGCAGCAGCAGAGUCUAUAUCAGAACGAGCGGCAUGGCGAGACGGUAAAAGAAUUGCAGGAGCAGAUGACAGCGUUGCAUGCGGAUGUGCGCCGCUUGCAGGCUGAAAAUGCCGAGCUCCACGCGGGCACCACAUCGGUCGACAGCCUGAAGCAAUUGUCUGAAACACGCCUGGAAGAGAUCAAUCUGCUUCAGACGACUAUCUCACGCUUGCGCAGCCAAAGAGAGGAGCUCACCUCCAAGAACAGCCUACUCACUCAGGAUGACAAGAAAUGCCAGGCUUUACAAGAGAGAUGUAGUGACCUUGAACGGCAAGCACUGGAUCUUGUGUCUCAGGAGAAGAACCUUACUCAAUCUCUUGCUCUGCAAACUGACGAGAAUCAGGGUCACUUGAGUACGAUACAGCGGCUCACAGCAGAGAAUAGGCGUCUGUCUGAAAGAAUCGCUAGCUUGCAGGUGCAACUGCAGGCCGUGCAUAAGACUUCCAUGGCCGUCACCACCGCCACCACUACCAGUGCUGCUGGCCGAGUGACAACUGCGCCAUUCCGCCAAUCACUCUACCAACGUCAGGAGAGCACUGGCUCGGCGGUGUCGUCGGAAGACGAGGUUGGAACUGGCGAGCAGCGUUCCAUGGCUGUUAUCUCCAACCUUGAAGAGCACCUGCAGCAGCUGUCGGAUCAAAACGAGGUUCUGCAGGCGGAAUCAGCAGCGGCACAAACUGAACUAGUCACACGUAUAAACGAGCUUGUUGCCUCCGGCGAAGAAAUCGGGAGACUCAAACUCCUUCUGAAGGAAAUGGAGAGCAACAUGGAGGAAGCGCAGCGCAGACAUCAGCUAGAUCUCAAGCAGCAACAGCAGGAGCACAGCCUGCUCGACCAGGAGGUUUCCAGUCUCCGGGCAGCAAACGCCCACCUGGCCAGCCAGGUCUCCAAGGCUUCGGAUGAAUUCAACUCAGCUCUAAUGAAGCGUGAAGCGGAGGUCAAGCUGUUGAAUAACAGUCUGGCGGAGGCUACAAGUAGGCUGGACCAAAUGGAGGAGGAAAUGGAGGACAGAGUGUCUACGAAUAACAGUUUAGUCGAAGAUCGCGCUCUGCUUGUGUCCUCGUUGAGACAAUUUGAAGCUGGACUGCAGCGCAUCAUGUCAGACGGAUCAACUCAGCUGCAUAUACCCAGUGAGGCGGCGAGCGGAGGUGGCAUGCCAGUGGAUGCUGCCGUCGCUAGGCUGGUCAAGCAUGUGGAAAGUCAAGCAGCUGCUGUAGAAAGGCUGUCUACUCAGCUCAGUGCCACGGAGUACUCACAGCAGCAGCUACGGCUGGAGGCCACCAGGCGGAGAGAUGCGGAGCGAGAGCUUGCAGCUGAGAUCACUCACCUCCGAUCAGAAGUGGACAAGAAGAACCGAUCCAUCAGAGACCUCACCGGCUUCUACGAUCGACACGAGGCAACGUCAGCUCACAUAUCACAGGAGGUUGGGAACUUACGCUCCGAGCUCUCCGGUACCAAGCAGAAGCUUAGCUCGAUACAAGCCGUGAAGGAGUCUCUUGAGCAGGCCCUGAGCACCUCAGAGCAGCAGCUGAAGGAGGUCAACGCCAGAAAGCUGGAACUGCAGGUACAGGUGAGUGGUUUGUCCAGUGAGCUGAAGCAGUACCAGACCGAAGUCACUCGGCUCAGGAACAGUCAAGAGUCGGACGCCAGGGACAAUGCCAACGCCAUCGAGACUGUUCAGAAUGAGAAAGACGCCACGCUUGCAGAAGUGACAAGACAACUGCAACUGAAAACCGAGGAGCUGUUGACAGUACGUCUAGAUUGCAGUGACCAGAAGACGGCCAGGGAUGAAGCGGAGACACGUCGCAGCGAAGCAGAGGCACAACUGGCAAGAGCGCAUCAUGCCUUGGAGCAAAUGUCCGAAUCCCACAGGCGAGAGCUGCACGCGGCCCUGUCGCAGCGACAAGAGGCUGACUUGGAGAACGUGGACAGUGCCCGGCAUGUUGCAGCACUUACUAAUCAGAUAUUUGACCUGCGGGCUCAGCUUCAGACAAGUGAAGAUGCGCUGGCUAAUAUGAGACAAGAGUUCAGCCACGUACACGAGAGGCACAAUAACCUGAAAGAGAAGCACAAGGAGCUCCGUGUGCAACUGGAUAGUAUCGAAGUGCAGCUCAACAGUAAAACGGAACAAUGUAACGAGGUGGAAGCAAAACUUCGCAAGACAGACAGUGACAAGGACGGCCUAUCUCUGGCUAUAGAAGAGCUAAUGGGUCGGGAGAGGAGCCUUGCGGCAAGGCUGAAGGCUGCCGACAGCAAGGAACACACUCUGGAUAUGCUGCGAGAGCAAGUUGCCGAGUAUGUACAGGAACGCCAUUGUCUACAUCUAUCAGCUAACACAACAUCUGCUGGUGCUGGUGCUGGUGCUGGUAGCAACCGUGAUCACCUGCAUCGCAAUGUUACUGAUCGGAGAAGAGAUGACGGUCGGCCAGACAGAAAAAAGUCUCCGCACAAUACCAGUCUCAUUGAGUCGUCAUCAGACUUGCUUGCCGGCUCUGGUCUCAGCGACGGCCCGGAGCAGUGGGCUAGCCAAGCAUUCACGGAUGGCCGCGGAGAAGCCUCAGCGUCACGCCGAAGACACGGCGCAAGGACAUCAAGCGAUAGCGACACUGUUUCUGACUAUCCAGGAUCCUCAGCUGAGCUGAAGCUCUCCAGGACAGAGCUAAAAGCGGCCGAGUUGCAGGCCAGGGUCUUUCAGCUGGAGAAUGAUAAUCAGACACUCACAGCGAAAGUGGCAUCUCAGCGGCAGAAGAUGCGCCAGACUGCUGACGGCCUGUCACGCAACACCGGCGAGACGAGGCAGAUCCACUUGGCACUCCGCCAGUCUCUGCAACAGGUGACGUCCUCGGACAUGGACAGCCGCGGCAGUAUUGUCUCACCAUCUGACCUUUUGGUUAGCGAGUCCGAUGACCUGAACCGCACUGCUUCGGCAUUGUCCCUGCCACGGUCAAGACGACCGGCAUACUCUUCACUUAGAAACGCCCCGGCCAAUUCCGCUGGAAAUGUCUCAACACUCCGCGCGUCCAACAGAAGUGGUGGCUUCAUGCCUCGGAGUGCCAGUACUCCACGCACGGCAAGCAGUGAUCUGUUGCUGCGGAGUGCAGCUAAUCAACGACGUGGCCAUUCGCCAGUUUGAUCACCUUCAGGAAGGAAGCCUCGAGCGAGGCUGUGGUUGUCUUGGUUGGCAACGGUGUGCCGAUUUGGUUUGAGCUGGUGGCGCUCCUGCCAACUUGCAGUGAAGCUAGUAUGGUAUGGUAGUGAACUGCAGUG